AAUGAAGAAUAUUAAUAAAAAUCGUGAGAGAAUGAAUGCUCUAGGAGUGAAGAAUAUAACAACUUGUUUGAAGGCUACGGUUCAACAUAAGAAAUUGAGGAAGGAAAAACAAAUACCAAUUGAGGAAAAUGAUGAUGAUUAUCGACCGUCAGAGGCUGAAGAUGGCAGUGACACUGAAACCUAUGAUUCGUUUGAGCAUGAGCUGUUAGAGAUACCAUCGAGAGCCCGUUCACAAUCUCAUCAUGAGGCAUUGACCCACGCAUUAGAAGAGGGGGAUACCUCUUCACGUCCUGAGGUGACUAGCAAUCCGCCACCACCUCUCAAUGUGGAGCCUCAACUUGAGGUGACUGCUGGUAAUACUAUUGCUGCUAAGCGUGCUCGUGGCCCGACUCGAGGCAAAGAGGUUCAAGGCCUUGUUGAUAAAGAUGGAAAGCUUAGCGUGCCUAUCCCUCCAGAAUUUCGUGCACCGGUAGGGGACUAUGCCUCAAAACUAGCCUCAAAGAUUGGUGUAGAAGUGCGAACUCGUUUACCAGAUCCAAGUGUUCGUAGGUGGAAGUAUGUUGAUGCCUCCGUUAAGGAGGCGAUGUUUCAACGCUUGAAUGAUCAAUUUGAUUUACAAGGAGACCCUGUUGAUAUAGAGAAGGCAAUGAACACAAAAUUUGGUCGGAGAUUGAGUAACCAUACCUAUAGGCUGCACAAACAAUUCAUGGAGCUGAAGGAGGCUAAAGGGGAGGAGUAUGCAAGAAACCACCCACCAAAGAAUGUCGAUCCUACCAAGUGGAUAGAUCUUAUUGAUAAAAAGUGGAACACUAAAGAAUUUCUGGAACAAUCAAAGGCCAACAUCGCGAAUAGAGAAAGGAUGUAUACAAAACAUAGGUGUGGUUCUAGGUCAAUCCCUGUUAGAGUAGAAAAAUUGGCACGAGAAAAGAAGAUGCUACCUGAUCUAGCAGAGUUGUACAAGGAAACUCACUAUAAUGAAAAAACACAUGAGUGGAUCUCAUCUCAAGCUCAGUGUAAUUAUGAAAAUAUGAUACAGACACAGGCUGAUCACCUCUCACAGCCGAGAUCAACCCCUUUGACUGCAGAAGAGCUAUUAAUCAAAGUCCUAAAGCCAAGGUCUGGCUAUGUGAAGGGACUUGGCAUGAAACCUUCAUCCUCUAUUAGGAGAGCCACUACCAUAUAUGCUGAAACAAAUGAUUAUGUGAAGCGCCUUGAGAUGCAAAUAGAGACACAAAAGGAACAAAUACAAAUGCAGAACAAUAAAAUAGAAGAUCUUGAAGAGGGUAAGAAGAAGCAAGGGGAGAUAAUGGCUGAUGUUGUCAACUUUUUGAGGACCAAAGGAUUCACUGGACACUUUGGAAGUGGAGGGGACUCAUCCACAAGUGGACAUACUUCUUGAUUGGAUUGGGGUGGCAUUUUUGACGUGCAACAAUGAUGUAAUUUGUUUGAAUGUUCAUUUUUGUUUGAUAAGGAUACACAUACUUUUUGGAGUUACACUAGUUAUUGUUGGAUUUUUGGUGGAAUUGAACAAGUUAUAACUUUUGGAUAUUUUGUGGAUAUUUCACUAUUUUAUUAUAUCAGGAUGAAAUUAUUUGUAA